UCUAAUGGGCAUAUCCCAAUAAGCAUAAAAUAAAAGUAGACAUCAAAUGAGAAAUCAAGAAAAAUAUGCAAAUCCUACCAACGUCUCAGAUGGGAUAGGACACAGCGGCCUUGAUGCUUUUUCAUCUAACAGAGGACAUACAAUUUUCCUUUUUAUUCCAUUAAUUUAAUUUUGAAAAUUUUAGAGAUUUUGCAAAGCCCUGUUGGUUGACUUGAAAAGGAAAUGUCUCCACUUCACCUCCCUAGCUUGCUCUUUUUCGACUGCCGUUGUUUCAUAACUUCCUUUUUCUCGAGAAAAUAUGGGAAAGGCAGUUAGCAUGUUGUGUCGAAUCCUUUUCCUGCUUUUAGCGUUCUUGCAUUUCCAGGUCCUUUGUUCAUUGAGUUUCUCUUCCUCUUUUCUUCAUUCACCUCAUUUGUGCCUCCCAGAACAGAGGGCCGCCUUGCUCGAAUUCAAAAACACCAUUUCUCUGGCUGAUUAUUGUGAUGAUUACCCAAGGACAAAUUCUUGGAAUGAAAGCACGGAUUGCUGUUCAUGGGAUGGAGUCAGUUGCCACAUGGUGACGGGUCAUGUUACAGGCAUCGACCUCAGUGCCAGCUGCUUUAACGGUGCUCUCACUGCAAACGACAGCUUCUUCCACCUUCAAGGACUUCAACGACUCAACUUUGCUGAGAACCAUUUCAAUGGCUCUAUCUCAUCGGAGUUGUUUAAUCAGUUAGUGACUUUGACCCAUCUUAAUCUUUCUUCUAAUUCAUUCUCUGACUUAAUCCCAUAUGAAAUCAGUCUCCUGUCAAACUUGGUUUCACUCGAUCUUUCCAAAAAUGGUUAUUACCACUUGAGAUUUGAUGGUCAAGGUUUUGACAUGCUUGCAGGCAACUUAACCGAAUUGCAAAACCUUAUCCUUGAUUUUGUAGAUAUGCCUGAUGUUGCAUCUCCUUCCUUUCUGAACUUGACAUCAUCUCUGGAACACUUGAGUCUCAGAUAUUGUCAACUACAUGGGGAAUUUCCAAGUGAUGUUUUUCGCCUUCCAUACCUCCAGCACAUAAAUUUAAGUUAUAAUGAAAAUCUCACAGGUUAUCUCCCUAAGACAAACUUGAGUCUUAGAGGGUCAAUUCCAGCAUCAUUGGGAAAUCUCACUCAAAUCAUCUCCCUAGAUAUUUCUUAUAACAAUUUUGGAGGACAGAUUCCAGAUGCUUUUGGAAACCUUAAUAAAUUGACUUCUUUGUCAUUUUCUUAUUGUAAUUUUACUGGUCAACUUCCGUCAACUAUGUUCAACCUCACACAUCUUACCAAUCUAGAUUUGUCAUAUAAUCGAAUAGAAGGUCCCCUGCCAAAUCAUGUUAGUGAGCUUCAAUUGCUAGGAGAAAUUCUCUUAUCCGGUAACCUUAUAAGUGGUGGAGUACCAUCUUGGCUGUUUACUUUGCCAUCUUUGAGAUGGUUAGGUCUGAGCUGUAACAAACUUACCGGUCCAAUUGACCAAAUUCAGAAGCCUAAUUCUCUUGAACAUAUUGAUUUGAGUUCUAAUGACAUUCAUGGAUCAAUACCCAAUUCUUUCUUUGAUCUUGUGAGUCUUGACACGCUUGAUCUUUCCUCAAACAACUUCAGUGGUGUCAUCAAGUCAAAUAUGCUUGCAAAACUCAAAAAUCUUUUGUUUCUUUAUCUUUCGAUGAAUCAUUUUUAUGGCAAAGUCCCUGAUUCGUUUACAAAUGAUCAGUUGAGUUAUUUUCUCCUUAAUGACAACCAAUUGGAAGGAUUACUGCCACAGUCUUUGGCUAAUUGUAGUUCCUUGAAACUUUUGAAUUUAAGGAACAACAACCUAACCGGGGCUAUUCCUUCGGUCAUUGGUAACCUAACACUGCUUGAAACGCUCGAUUUUAACGACAAUAACUUGACAGGUAAAAUACCACUUCAGAUUGGCAACCUACCAAAAUUGGAAGGCUUGUACAUAGGAAAUAACCAUAUCUCUGGACUCAUCCCUCCUCCUAUCUUUAACACCUCGACCUUGAAGUUCAUUGUACUAGUUCUAAAUCGGCUCCCGGAUCUUCCAUCAAGCACAGGUAUCAGGCUUCCGAAACUUGAAAUCCUUCAACUUGGAGGAAACGAACUCAGUGGACCCAUACCUACCUCUAUCUCCAAUGCCUCUCGGCUUACUAUGCUUGGCCUGGAAAUGAAUUCAUUUUCCGGAUAUGUUCCUGUUGACCUUGGCAAUCUAAGAGAUCUACAAGUACUCGGCCUAGGGACUAAUAAUUUGGCUAGCACACCAUCUUCAGGUUUGAGCUUUCUAUCGUCUUUGACAAAUUGCAAAGACUUGAAAUUUUUGGCAUUUGAUGCAAAUCCAUUGAUCAGUGGUAAACUUCCUAUUUCUAUAGGAAACCUCUCUGUCCAAGAAUUUAACGCUUAUGGUUGCAACAUUAAAGGCAGUAUUCCAAGAGAAAUUGGCAACCUAAGCAACUUGAUUGGCUUGAACUUAGAUAACAAUGUACUGAUUGCUAUUGCCACCACAAUCGGAAGAUUACGGAAUUUGCAAAGUCUCUCUCUUCAAGGAAACAAGUUAGAAAGAUCCAUUCCAACUGAGUUGUGCCACUUGAAGAGUUUGGGUUUCUUGUAUCUCGCGGGUAACAAAUUGGUUGGACCAAUACCAGCAUGCUUGGGUGAUCUUAUUUCUCUUAGACAUUUACUUUUAGAUCGCAACAAGUUUACUGGCUUAAUACCCUCAACCUUGACAAGGCUUGUAGAUAUCUUGCAACUAAACUUGUCUUCCAAUACUCUACGUGGGGCUCUCCCGAUUGACAUUGGAAAGUGGAAGGUUGUUAAUAAUAUUGAUUUUUCCAAAAAUCAAUUACCAGGUGAAAUCCCGAUAAGCAUUGGUGAUCUUAAAGACCUGACUUAUCUCUCAUUAUCUGAUAACAGAUUUCAAGGGUCUAUAUCUGAGUCAUUCGGGAACCUGAAAAGAUUGCAGUUCUUGGAUUUGUCAAAGAAUAAUUUCUCUGGAAUCAUUCCCAAGCCCUUAGAAAAACUCUUGUAUCUUGAAUAUUUCAAUGUCUCUUUCAAUAGACUACAAGGAAAAAUUUCAGAUGGAGGAACCUUUCCCAACAACUCUGUUCGAUCAUUUAUGGGGAAUAAAGCACUAUGUACUACACCUCGACUACAGCUUCCACUCCCACCAUGCAAAACUAAUUCUUUUAGGCAUCAUUCUAAGAAAGCUAUUAAGCUAGUGUAG